CUCCUUUGUCCAUCACACAGAGGUCCGAAGGUAUUUGGAGAAAUACUGUGACCACUUUAAAAUAAGGAAUCACAUAAAGUGGGACGUGAUGUAUUGGUCUACUUCCUGAAAAUGUAACCGAGGUAAACUAAUGACUCCAGUUUGAGAAUGGAGCAGUACACGAUGACUGGACAGACUGAUGUGGGUCAAGGCAAGGUUGUAAGUGAUGCUCAUGCAAUGAAAGAUUCUAGCACUUUGCUCAUUACAUUCAUUCCAGUCAUUCAUUACAUACACUUGCUGCACAGCCAUCUGAUUGUCCUCAGUCACCAUUCACUGUGUUGUAAUGUUUAGCAUAUAAUUUACGUUUACAUUUAUUCAUUUAGCAGACACUUUUGUCAUUUUUUAGUAUAGUAUAUAUUUUGGGCAUUUUUGCCUUUAUGUGGACAGGACAGUGAAGAGUGACAGGAAGUGAGUGGGAGGGAGCGAUAGGAUGGGGAUGGGAAAUGACCACAGGUCGAAUUCGAACCUGGGUCCCCAUGGCCACUUGGACCCGUACAUGGUAUGGGCGCUGUAGCCUGCUGCACCACAGUGCCAUGUGGUUUUAUCAGUUUUUAUCCAAAAAAUUAAUAACAUUCAAGUAGCAUUGCAGAGGAGACCUUAGGUAACAAUUACCACAACAAUACCACAACAAUAAAUACUAUUACCAGAGGAAGAGAGUGCAGAAUCUAAAGUGCUAGUCAAAGUGUGGUCAAAGGAAAUAUUGGUAGAAGAAGAAUGACACGGCAUUCAGGUAUCAGAACAGUAAUCCAAUGCAAGUGUGUCAACAAUGCAACUGUGCGUCAGUAACUGUUUUUCUUCAUUAUAAUGUGCUCCCUCUCUUCAAAAACAGGGAAUACAAUAAACUCUUUGAAGUUGUAGCCUACCCAAUCAGAUUUCUUCCUCCUUUUUUACAGUUUGAGACAACAGUGGAUGCUGUCAAACCAGUGAAGGUGGAAAGUGGAUGGCAUGGCUUAGGUUGGGAUGUCACCACCAGCAAUGGCAUUGAUUCCAGCACUGCAGUCAAGAGGCACUUUGAUGCUGUCCUGGUGUGCAAUGGGCACUUCUUUGACCCUUAUUUUCCACCAAUCCCUGGUCUGGACAAAUUUACAGAAACUGUGAUGCACAGCCAUACCUAUCGCAGCGCUGAGCCUUUUGCUGGGAAGUCAGUGGUGCUGCUGGGAGCUGGCCUUUCUGGACUGGACAUCGCUAUGGAGCUGUCCAGCGUCAACGCAAAGGUUGUGUUAAGUCACGGCCAGAAGCCCCUGAAAGGCCCCCUUCCUCCUGGUGUGCAGCAGUCGCCCCCGGUGUCUAAAGUCCUUGAUGAUGGAACCCUGGAGUUCGGGGACGGGAAGCAAGCCCGGCCUGAUAUGUUUCUGUUCUGCACUGGGUACAAUUUCACCUUUCCAUUCCUGGACCAGCAAGUAGGCGUGAAGGUGAAGGAUCACCUGGUCAGCCCUCUCUAUAAGUUCCUGAUGCCCCCAGCGUUUCCAUCACUGUUCAUUGUGGGCAUCUGCAGAGCCAUCUGCCCCUUUCCACAUUUCCACAUCCAGGCACAGUUCAUAAUGUCUGUGCUGGAUGAUUCUUUCACUCUCCCCUCACAAGAGGAGAUGGAGAAGGACAUAGAGCUUGAUGAAGCUGCUCGCCGCACCAGGGGCAUUGCCACACGACAUAUCUUGAAGCUUGAUUCAGAACAGUGGGCCUACAACGAUGAGCUGGCUCGUCUCGGUGGGUUUAAGCCACUUCCACCAUACUGGAGCAACCUGUACGAGUCCAACAAGGUGUUCCGCUCCAAGGACAUGCUCAACUACAAGACCUACAACUACAGAGUGCUCAAUGAGAAGGAAUGGAUAGUGCAAGGCCCACAGGGGCAGUCUCUUCCCAAACCAUUACCAUAAAUAUUAUUGUGGCUCUUUAAGUAAACUGGUCAGGCAACUAGUUUUGGUAUCAUCUUCAAAUUAAAUUUGUUGGUAUAUCGUCAUGUGAAGGUCAGAUAGAUAUACAUGUAUUGUUCCCACCAUCCAUCCAGUGUGUAUGCGGUUUUGUGUUUUGUGCGGUUUUGCUGAAACAUACAGCAAAAAUUGAAGAAGACCUUUCCCAGUACAACAUUUUGGACUAUAUUGCCCAAAGGCACCAGUUAACUCUGUGACUCUGUGUCACUUUGUGAAUAGAGUCUGGUGACUCAUGAUUGGGAAACGUUUGCAACACUAGCAUGGUGACAGGUGUAGACUUUUGCAUUAACUCUGAAAUCAUUGGUCCAGCCUAACCAAUCACAUUGAUAAGGAAAUCCCAAUGUUACUUCCUACUUGGCCUAAACCUUACAAACUGACGAUAAACAGUAGCCUGGAAAAUCCAGACCCUGGUAAUCUAAAAAGAUUAAGGGUCUGGCCAAGAACAAUGUAAUGGCCCAACUCGAGGGGCAGCAACAAGCAUACAUUUAAAAAUAUAACUGCACGCAAUUGGAUAACACUAGACCGUGUUUACUCUGAAUUAUUUCGGACUUUGACGCAUUCGGAUAACAGUACGACCAAUGUGUACUGUCCUCCAACGUUGCAGCGCUGUCUUCAUCAGUUUAGCUGGUUCCCAGGAAUGUGGUGUAAAAGUAACGUGCAUCAUUGCUCAUUGCCAGUGUCUCGCAGAGACAAUUCCAUUGUGCUCUCGUGAGAACUCUGGAUUUCCAGGAUAAAUAAACAGCAUAAGCAGUCAAGAAACAAUGUAUGUAGGCCUGCCAUUGCUGUAAAUAAAUGUAUACAUUUCUUCUGACUGCAAUUUUUGAUGUUUGCAGGCGUUGCUACUAACGUUUACCAUAGCUACUUGAUAAAUGAUUAGCAUGCUGCACACAUUUGUUCAAAAAUGUUGGAUUCAAGUAGACUGCUUAUCAUCUUAAUCCCAAUGUAAAUGGAAAAGUCUUUUCUCAGACUCAAAAGGGCCUGCCUGUCCCAAGGAGAAAAAGUAUCACUUUGAAACACACACCUGGAGAAACUGAACAGUCCAACCAAAAGAAUAUGAUAAACUAGACAAUUAGGGCUAGGCCUACUUUGUUUUCAAUAUUUCCAGGCUUCCACUAGUGCUGCUGACAACUGAAACAGCAAGACACAGACAGAGGUAGAAAGAGCUGUUGGAGCCUAAUGUAGCUUAACAGCACCUAGGCUAAAGGCCUAAUAUAUCUACAUAAUGUGUGCUGUCAUGAAUAAAUAAUCAGAAAUACAGUAUUUUCUGUAUCAGUAGUUUAUAAUAAAAUAUAAUAAUAAAAAUAAUGAUAUAGUUAUAAUAAUAAUAUAAAUAUUAUAGGCUACAUAGCCCAAUAUGCCUCUCCCCCUUCCGAUCAGACACCUUAUAUAACUAACAUAUUUCCUGUGGGAAACAUUGACUGCAGCUUAUUUAACUAAAAAAUAGUAAGAAAAUCGCAUUGUAAACUUAAAAUCGUGAAUCGUAUCGAAUCGUGAGUUGAGCGUAUCGUUACGUCCCUAACUUACAUGGCUUCUCAUAACACAUAUGUAGAUGAUACUUGAUACCCAACUAUAUCUAUCUUUCCUGCCUGAUGAUGCCAAGGUGCCCUUGAUGCCCUAGGGAUCAAUAAAGUAUAUCUAUCUAUCUAUCUAUCUAUCUAUCUAUCUAUCUAUCUAUCAAGGCCUCGUCGCGGAUUUCAGAUUGUCUCUGACAUAUCCGCUUGGACAAAGGAACACCACCACCAGAACAGUUACAAGUCAAAAUGACCUUUUGGAUAUGUUGACGUGGAAUAAAGCAAUUGUUGAUACACUGCAACUAGAGUGUAGUCAAAGCACGCACAUCCUUGAUUUAAAACUGGGAGCAGGACUAAAGGCAAAUAGUCACAUUUAAGAGAAAAGUCCGCUACAACCAGAUUUUGCUCCCAAUAAUGACGUUUCGGGCCUUUCAACCCUUCCUCAGACGGGAACAAAAUCUGGUCAUAGCGGACUUUUCUCUUAUAUGAUAUACCGUACUGCAACUAAACACUAAAAUGGCUUGCCAUACGGUAGUGACAACAGUUUUUUAAAAAUAUUUUUUGUAUGAUCUGUUUCACAAUAAAUGGACAUGAUGACA